GGGGUAACUGGAAUUUCCUCUUCCUACUGAAGAUAAUGCGGAAGCAAGAAUAGGACCAAAUGGGAACGGGCAUUUCCAUCUCUUUCUAGUCACAGACCCGGGUGAACAUAUUUACAGCAUUUUAACUGUGGUCCUGCUACAUUCCGCUCGCUGUUUACAAGCUAUCAUCAAUAGUAGAUGUCAAUAGACGGUGGAAAUGGAGCGCGGAGACGCAUCGUCCACAAACGCAGACUGGAUGUCUCAGCUGCCAGAGGAACUGUGGGGUACACCGCUUUGGGACCUGGCGAUACCCGGGAGUCAUGACAGUAUGAGUUACUGCCUGGAUACACACUCUCCUGUCUUGGGUUCUGAGUCGUUCAUGCUGCAGUUUCUGGAUCGACUGUGGAAUGAGUUUGACACGUGCACUAAGCAUGUGUCAAAUUAAAUGUAUUUAAAUAGCCCUUCUUACAUCAGCUGAUAUCUCAAAGUGCUGUACAGAAACCCAGCCUAAAACCCCAAACAGCAAGCAAUGCAGGUGUAGAAGCACAAGUACUACUAGAUCAUAUGAAUGAGUUAGACACGUGCACUACUAGAUCAUAUGAAUGAGUUUGACACGUGCACUACUAGAUUAUAUGAAUGAGUUUGACACGUGCACUAGAUCAUAUGAGUGAGUUGCCAUGUUUCCCAAUGUCUACCUACAGCACAGGGUGUCAGGUUUACUGUGUUCUUAAUGAGUAUGAUGGAUACAAUGAGAGGUUUUUACAUUCUAAAGUGAUGCCAAAGGAAAAGUUCCAUCCUCAGAUGGACAAUAGAAUUUAUUCUAUUCUAUAUGCAAAUACACUACAUGCAGGGGCAAAUACAUAAAUGUCUAUUGAACUUUU